AUGUUUGUAGUCGCUAAGGAAAUUCUUGCAGCAUCGAGGGAGUCGUCCAUCCAAAAGGGAGCCGCGGAUAGCUCGUCUGUAUUGGGAGAUUCCGACGUACCGAAUGUCGUCGAGGAAUCCUCUAGUGGAGCUACACUUGAUGUGCCGAUAAGCACGUCUACUCUCCAUCCUUUGAAAGUACAAAAAGGUGUUAAGAGAAAGGCUGACACAACCACUGGUGGUGAAGAGGUGAUCGAAGACUCGGGAAAGGUGCCCCGGCGAGAGUCUUCACGACCAAUAAAGAAACCGGCACAUUUCAUCGACUACACUCAACUACCUCCAAGAUAUAAGGGCAAAGCGACAGAGUCGAUGAAAUUUUGCCAUAAGGUCCUUCAUGAGUUGAUGGGCAAGAAAUGCAAGGUAGGCUGGAGUGAAGAGUUUGUCUGUGUUGCUUCGUUUAAUUGGCCGUUUCUUGUCCCCGUCGAUGUGGAAGGGAUGAAGUUGUCCGACUAUUAUGAUAUAAUUCCGAAUCCUAUGGACCUUGGAACAAUAAAGAAGAAGUUAGACAACAAACAGUACGCCAAUGCGCAGGAAUUCGCCGAGGACAUCAGACUGGUAAAUUUUGAAUUUUUCUUGUCCGAGUCUCAAAGGAAUGUUUGUGUUCUACAGGUCUGCAAUAAUUGCUUCAAAUAUAAUCCUGCCACAGACAUUAUCCAUCAGCACGGCCGAGCUCUCCUACAAGCCUUCAAUGAAAGGUGGGUAAAUCUACCGGUGGAUGAGGACGUGCCAGAUACGAAUGUUGUUGCUACUUCCUGCGAAGGUGCCGACGACGAAGACAACCUCGAAAGUUACCUUAGCAGCUGGGAAAAUCUGAAAGAGAAGUCGUUGGGGUUUGCAGAAAGUAUCACUUCUCGCCUCACUGAGAUACGAGAGUUGAAAAGCAAAGAUGCUCCGCAAAGUGCAAUUCUUGAGGCAGUAAAAUCCUUGGAAAAACUUUUGGCACAGACAUCAUCCUUUACUGUUCCGCCGUACACGCCAUCCAAUACAAGAGCUCGCAGAGCUCCUGUUGUCACUCAUAUAAAGGAGGAUUCUCCACUGUCGAACGGUCCAGCCACUUCCGUCUCAACAAUGCCGAGGAGAGAUUUGAAGCGCCCAGCAACAGCGCACACCAGUUCUGAACCGGCAAAACUUUACUGCGGUCGUGGACGUCGACCCGGAUCUAAAAAUAAACCGAAAGCGGAAAGCUCCGCAAACGGGAAACCUUGGAAGGACGAUUACGAAUUUGAUUCUGGCGAUGAGGCUUCGCAUGAACCCAUGUCUUACGACGAAAAGCGUCAGCUAAGCUUAGAUAUCAAUAAACUACCUGGUGAUAAGCUUAGUAUGGUGGUCAGUAUCAUCGAAAGUCGGGAGGAUUUGUCUGACAUCAGUCCAGAGGAGAUUGAGAUUGAUUUCGAGACCUUGAAAGCAGUCACACUUCGUGAUUUGGAGGCUUUUGUUGCGGCAGCUUUGAAACGAAAGCCACCCGUCAAGAGUGACAAUGAAACACGGAAGCGGGAAAUCGAGGACAAAAUCAAAAAGCUUGGUGGCACAGUGUCAACGCAACAGCCCAGCAAAAAUGGUAAGUUGUACACUUAG